AUGGCAUCAAGUACUGCCUCCGGGCCUCCUUUGUCGACGUCAACGAAUCCCCAAGCCAAACCAACAACAGACGGUGCCACCGCAGCUGCGUCUGUACCGAGCCUCAAAGACCGCCUCCCAAAGCUCGAACCACGACGGAGGCGACCAGCUCCUUCAAAUCCUAUCCCAGUACCAGAGACGCCCGAUCUUCCGCCGCCGACUGGCACAUCUUCAGAGACGCAGUUCAAAAUACCUACGAGGCGCAUCCUUUCAAAGAAGGACCAUGAUUUGUUUGUUGCUUCACCGACAUACAAACUCAUUCUCGCCUUUGUCUUUGGGCUUUCCGACGCAGUCGUCGACAAGCCCAUCUCCGCCAUCAAAGACUCGGAUCUUAGCCCUACGGUGCAGACCAUCAAUGCAUUGUUGGACGAGGCCUCGGAGCUUGUGAAGCAGUCCCCGCCGGACGAACAGGGAGGCUCGCGGUUUGGCAACAAACGAUUCAGGGAUUUUCUCGACAAGGUCAAGGAGAGGGCUCCAUCAUGGCACAAGAAACUUGGGAUUAAGGACGAGGGAGACGCAAUAGCAGAAGUUGUCACGUACCUGGGCCAGUCUUUUGGUAACAGGAUGCGCAUCGAUUACGGCUCAGGUCACGAGCUCAAUUUUCUCAUGUGGCUUCUCUGUCUAUACCAGCUUGGCGUUGUUACAAAGUCCGACUUUCCCGCGCUUGUGCUGCGCGUCUUUGUCAAAUAUCUGCAAGUCAUGCGUCUUGUGCAGUCUACAUAUUACCUCGAGCCGGCAGGAUCCCACGGAGUGUGGGGGUUGGACGAUUACCAGUUUUUACCUUUCCUCUUUGGCGCCUCGCAGCUACUUCACCAUCCUUUCAUCACACCUCUUGCCAUCCACCAGCAGUUGACUAUCGAGGAGUUCGGCCACGACUACCUCUACCUCGACCAGGUCGACUUCGUCAACAGCACCAAAACCGUGCAGGGCCUGCGCUGGCACAGCCCCAUGCUCGACGACAUCUCGGCUGCCAAGUCGUGGUCCAAGGUAGAGGGGGGCAUGCGGAGGAUGUUUGUUGCCGAAGUCCUCAACAAGCUGCCUGUCAUGCAGCACUUCCUCUUCGGCAGCUUGAUCCCCGCCGCAGAGGGCAUGACGGAGCAAGAUCUGGCUGGUUUGCAGCCUGAAGAUGAGGAGACUGAGGGCGGGCAGGUCGAGGUUUUCAAUGAUGAGGGGGGCGUCAGGCACAUGCACCAGCAGAAUGGUUGGGGCGAAUGCUGUGGGAUCAAGACCCUGCACACCUUCAUCGCCAAAGCCAACAAUGACCUCCAAGAUAUCAUCACAACCGCCUCGCGCCCUGAAGGUUUCGACUCGGUCGAGGCUUUAUCGGAUAUCUUUUCCUUCACUCAAUGGCUACUCCGACUCGAGUUUAGCACUGACAGCAAAGGCCUCUCCUUCAAACCCUACCAAGAUCUAGCCAUCAUCCAGCUGUUCGAGCCUAUCGCAAGCACCCACCAGCAAUGUGUUAUCUGCGUCGAGACCAACAACAGCGACAGGACGCACCACGAGCAAACAGCCGGCUUCCGGCGCAAAUUCCACCACGUCGGCAGCGCCGUCGCCGCCCUCGAUGACCUGGCGGCGCUCUACUCGCCCAUCCAGCGCGCCAAGGUUCUACGGAACAAGGGCGUGCGGUGCGGUGGUGUUUGGGACGCCGAUUUGGUCGCCCGUCUGCGCGCGGGCGAGGCCGCAAACCGAGCUCUCCUCCGCGCACGCCUCGACAUGCUCACGUACCCGCCCUUCGUGGGGAGGGCGGUUGAGUAUGACCGACGCAGCAUGUUGACGCCGGUGUUUGUCGUUUCGGGAAAUGUCUACCCUGGACACGCUGAAUGCAUUUCUCAAGGCGGUAGACCGGAAACAGGACAUGCGGGCGGACCAGAGCUCCCGCGACCGCUACGCUUUCGUGGUGGACGCACCCCCUACCGCAGAGGCCUCGACCGCCGGCCCUGCCACCGCACCGCUAAAUGCACUCCCUGCAAUUCCCAUAGCGCUGAUGCACGCCGCGCACGAGGCCUGCCUUGA